AUGUCAUUGCUAUAUCCUGGAAUCAAAUUUGACACUUCUAAAAUUACCAGAAAUGCCUUUGAAAAUUGUUUUAUUUUUGAGAGUAGUUGGAGGAAAGCCGUUUUAGAAACACAAAAACUAAGGAAAGAAUACACCACAGCAUUUGGUCUAGAAGAGGUCAAAGAAUGUGUCAAAAAGCCAUAUUUCCCAGGACUGCGAAGUUGCCACAAAAAUUUAAGUUCCAUUCCACUAGAUGUUCAUAAAAGACUGCUGCAUGCUGACGCUGAGGUGCCUGGGGUCAGGUUAAAGAAGCCUAGGGAGACCACGGUGGCACCACUUCAGGAGAAAUCCAAAGGUUGUAGCUUUAGUGACCCUCUCACUGGAGCACCGUCCCAAUACUUACAGAGGCUUUCCAGAAUGGCCAUUUUGGAAUAUAAUACCAUUCGCCAGGAAACAACCAGAAAAUCAAAAAAAGGCAAGAAACAAGAACUACGAGAUUGCUGA